GAAAAUCUUCAACAACGAUGCAAUGCGGCGGAUGCGCCAAGUCGUCGGAGCAUAUCAACAUGCUGUGUGCAAACUGCACUGGGAGCACCAUCCAGCAGAAGAGAAACAUUCUCAUGGCACUUUGGGCAGACGUGGCUGUCCUGAGGGAGAAAGCAGCCCAUACCCUUGAUGGCAAAGACUCGGCCAGCGUGGACCCGAACGAGUUGCUAGCGCUGGACGACCUGCAACGAGAACGAGAACGCUGUCAAGCCGUGCUUGAUAGAGAUCGCAUCGCGCUGGCCAAGUUGAAGCAUCACAUUGCCGAGCGCCAAGGAGAACUCCUGGCCGCCAAGUCGCGCCUACAUGCUACCUCCACGGAAGAGGGUGACGAUGGAAGCGAUUACGUCAUGGAAGGCCUUCGUCGGGUUGUCCGUUGGAAUGAGCAGAAUCUCUCGGCCAUGCGCCGAACUAAAGUGCUGCAGCUGUUCCAGCUGCUCCAGUUGAUUCCCGCUCCUCCAAUGCACUACUUUCGCACAAUCACCAAGCUUCCGCUGCCCUCCUCUGGCCACUACGACACCACCGACCACGUCCCCCCCGAAGUGGUGUCGGCUGCGCUCGGACGCAUGAUUCACCUGCUCCUCCUCUUGCCAAAGUACCUUAGCCCCCUCGUAUACCCCCAUCCCAUGAUCUUCAACGGUUCCUUCUCCACCAUCGGCGAGCAGAGCGGCGAAGGCGCAGCGUGUCACACGCUGUACCCGGACGGCAGCAUGGGGUUCGCCCGCGGCGUCGCGAUGUUGUGGCAGAACGUCGCGUACCUGUGCAUAUCGCAGGGCAUGUCGUUGGACGAGUUGCAUGAAGCAGAUAGUCUGGGGAACUUGGCGCGACUCGCAGAAAGCCCGACACUGGGAUCAUGUGCGCCGCACAAAGCGAGCAUGGAGCGGUAUGAUGCCAGCAUGGUGUUGCAUUUCGGGAUGAAACAUGGCUUGUUAGGUUGCAUCAAGUGAUGGCGGAAGCGACGGCCGCCUCGGGAGGACUUCCCCUUGUGGCCAUGGCAUCCAGUCUACGUAUCUUGUCCGAGUACAAUCCAAACGACAUGACCGCCGCCUCCCGUCCGGCCGCGUCGAAUCUGUCGGAAUGGAAUGUGAUUGAAUCCCGCCCUUCGUUUCGAUCAUCAUCCCAGUUUGCACCGUCGUAGAAACACCAAUAUAUGUAUAUAUAUAUAAUCUAUCAUUCGAUAAUAAAUAAUAUUCUUCAUGACGC